AUGCUUUGGGGUUUUGUCAUUUGGGAACAAAAGGGGCAAAAUAUUGAACUUCAACUUUACUUCAACUUUGGCGUAGCCCCGAACGAGCGACAGCGAGAGAGGCCAUCAGUUCAUAAAGAGCAGGUGAUUCACGCAAGAAUGAAUGAACGAAGUGAAAUUCAUGAUGGCGUGAAACACCUCUCUUUAUAUACUGAUGAGGGGCAAACUUUUUUUGAUGCUUUGGGGGGCAAACUUUUUUUGAUGCUUUGGGGUUUUGUCAUUUGGGAACAAAAGGGGCAAAAUAUUGAACUUCAACUUUACUUCAACUUUGGCGUAGCCCCGAACGAGCGACAGCGAGAGAGGCCAUCAGUUCAUAAAGAGCAGGUGAUUCACGCAAGAAUGAAUGAACGAAGUGAAAUUCAUGAUGGCGUGAAACACCUCUCUUUAUAUACUGAUGGGAGCGCGGUCUCGUCUCAAAGCGUGGCCAAGGACCUUUUGGAGCAGGACGUUCUGACGCUGGUGGCAGCUGUGGAACAGGCCCUCGAGGGUGGCGAGGGCGUUGCUUUGGCACCCCCGGUUUUCGGUCUUUUCGAUGAUACCGAGAGCGUACUGCGAGGGCACGUGCUGCGGCUGGGGGCAGCUCUGAAGGAUGUGGCUACAAGGAAGGCCAAGAAGCAAAGAAUCGAGGAUCCAGGCUCGCGUCAGCCUGGGUGUUUAGGGCUCAAGGUGAUGGAAGAGCUGUUGGGCGAGGCUCUGGCUCCGAAGGCCAAGGCGCUGUGCGCCGGGCUGGAGGACGCGGGUCGCACUAUGACGACAGCGAAAGCAGUGCUGGGCAAGCCGCCGGAGGACGACUUUGGCCGAGCUCUGCAGCGGGUAGCGCGAUUUGUUCUCCUCAUGGAUGGGGUUCUGGCAACGAUCGUCUUGGCUUUGGCUUGUUUCUUCUCAGUUCCGCUGUUGCUUGAAAAGAAAUUUUCUCGUUUGAAUCCAGCUCGCCUACUAGAAUCCUUACUAGUAUGGGCACCUCCAACAUGCCACCGUGACUAA